GGGGGUUUAGAAUUGGAAGAAGAUGAAUUAUUGUUAGGUUGUUCGGAUUUUUCAAAAAUGUCAUUAUGCUCGGGUUCUAAUGGAUUUGUGCACGAGGUGGUAGUAUUUUUGAAAGAUCCGAACAAUGUGUUACAUUGCAGUACUGCUUCUCCAGAAAAAGGGGCUCACUCUUUGUGCUCGGAUUUUUCAAGAAUGUCAUCAUUUUUAUGAACAUUUUUGGUAAAUUGGAGUCAAUGAAUUAUACCUACUCCUCUGGAACUUCCACUAUUUUCGAAAAAAAAGGUGAAAUAACAAAGAUUAUAAAGUGGAUAGUGAAAUAACAAAUGCACGGGGGAGUGACAUCGAUGGAUGAAUUUCUUCGUCGAUUCUUCUACUCAGUAUACCUAAAGAAGCAGCACGUUCACGAAGACAACUAUUGCAAGUAUAAUAACCAAGUUCUUGCUGCAUUUACCUCGUCUUUAUACAUGGCUGGUUUAGUUGCAUCUCCGGUAGCAUCUCCUAUCACAAGGAACUAUGGACGUCGUGCAAGUAUAAUAUGCGGUGGCAUUAGUUUCUUCAUUGGAGCAGUUCUUAAUGCCGCUGCUGUCAACCUUGGCAUGCUUCUUUCCGGACGAAUUAUGCUAGGUGUUGGAAUUGGCUUUGGCAACCAGGCAGUUCCGUUAUAUUUAUCAGAGAUGGCACCAGCACACCUAAGAGGAUGUCUGAACAUGAUGUUUCAAUUAGCAACAACACUCGGAAUCUUCACAGCAAACAUGAUAAACUAUGGAACAAGUAAACUCCAUCCAUGGGGAUGGAGACUUUCGUUAGGCUUAGCAGCAGCACCGGCUUUCGUUAUGACAGUUGGAGGCAUUCUUCUUCCCGAGACACCGAACAGCUUAAUCGAACAAGGAAAUAAAACUAAAGGGAGACGUGUUUUAGAGAGGAUAAGAGGAACCGAGAAUGUAGAUGCAGAAUUCGAAGACAUGGUGGAUGCAAGUGAAUUGGCACGUUCGGUAAAGCAUCCGUUUAGAAACAUUCUUAAAAGGAGAAACAGGCCUCAGUUAAUCAUGGCGAUUUUGAUGCCGACUUUUCAGAUACUUACAGGCAUUAACAUCAUACUUUUUUAUGCCCCAGUAUUGUUUCAGAGUAUGGGGUUUAAAAGAGCAGCCUCUCUGUAUUCCUCUGCUUUGACUGGUGCAGUUCUUGCUUCAUCUACACUUUUAUCGAUGGCCACUGUCGAUAGAUGGGGUCGAAGAGUUCUUCUUAUCACCGGUGGAAUCCAAAUGAUCAUCUGUCAGGUCAUUGUUGCGAUAAUCUUGGGACUCAAAUUUGGUAGUGACAAGGAGCUAUCAAGAGGUUACUCGAUUGUAGUAGUUGUUUUCAUUUGCCUCUUUGUAGCGGCGUUUGGAUACUCAUGGGGGCCUCUUGGAUGGACAGUGCCAAGUGAAAUUUUCCCUUUAGAGACGAGAUCAGCAGGCCAAAGUAUCACAGUUACUGUGAAUUUGUUCUUCACAUUUGCGAUAGCACAAUCUUUCCUCUCACUUUUAUGUGCUAUGAGGUUCGGGAUUUUCCUGUUUUUCUCCUGUUGGAUUGCUGUCAUGACGAUAUUCAUCUAUCUGUUCUUGCCUGAAACAAAGGGAGUUCCGAUUGAAGAGAUGAUGCGUCUUUGGGAAAAGCAUUGGUUCUGGAAGAAGAUCGUUUCGGAGGAUCAACAAGUUAAAAACACAAAUGGACUCAAUCAUGCUUGAGGUACAUUGUUAACAAGGUGAAAGGUGAAUAGAGAAAUCUAUCUUGUUCAUGUGGAAUUUUGGUCUUCUAUAUGUAUAUGUAAAAGUGUGAACUUUAACUUUUAAGAAUGUCACUUUCUAUGAAUACAAGUGUGAAAUGAUAUUUUGAUAUGUUAUAAGUCCCGAUCUUUAAUUUA